AUGCUCUACAGUAAAGUCGAUAAGAUACUGGGAACAUCAGUCCACGAUUCAACGAUCAGAAGUACGCCCAACGUUGGAGGCUCCUCUUCAACCGAAGACAAACCGCCAGUCCUGCCAAUGCCUGCUACAAUGUCGCCAAUCGGGAAGAGUACAUUUUAUCGUUCAACCUCCUCUCUAUCUCUACGUUCAUCUGAAUACGAUAAGAAGAGCCCAGAUAUUCACAAGCAAGAUCAACAACGCGAUCAUCCCAAUAUCAAUCAAGCAAGGAGAAAUGCUUUGGACCCAACGAAUGUGCCUUCUUACAGCCAACGUGCUGUUCAUCAUGAUGUUCGUAGUCUGUAUGAAGCUCCCUCGCACGAUCUCCCUUUCAGAAGGUCUCCAAUGAACAGAGAAUAUCCUCCAAGCAGUACUGCCAAUCGACAAUCAAACGUUCAGGGCUGGCAAAAUGAAGUCAGUCAAGCACAAAGGGCUACACGAUCAACGGUUAAUUUGCGAAAGGGCGAGCCUGUAUAUGACACAUAUGCAAUGCAAAGAACAAGUUCCAAUACAGGUAUCAGACCAACUGAAAAACCGCAAGAGCAGAUGCCCGAAGGUCAUUUCAUCGAUCCCUUCUAUGCAUCAAAAAGACCUCAAACUUCAGGUUUUGAAAGCGGUUCUAGAAAGCGAUGCGAGUCAGUCGGUCAAGCACAAAGCCCUUUGAGCGUCGGCAACUUGGCACGGGCAGAUGAAGAAAGUCGUGCCAGACCAUUGAAACCUUUGCGUCCGUUGAGAACGAAUGAGAUAUCCAACUUCAAUCCAAGAGGUAAUAUCGAUCGACCUAGAACGCCAAAUGAUGCCAUUCUCACGUCAAAAUGGUCUAGCGCAAGCACAGAUACGAAUACAUAUCAUACCUCUGCUCUCACGGCAGGUCUUGGCUCUCCGAUCUCUAUUUCAUCUUGUGUCACAAGUACACCGCCAAGUAGUGCAACUCAAUCGGCUUUUCGAGGUUCAGCAGAAUUUGGCAAGGUGAUCUCACCCAAGAGCAACACAAAGACCAGUCCAAGUGUUUAUUCGACGCAAUCAUUCAAGUCCGCACAGAAUGAUGCAUUUGAUGACAAAUCAAGACGAACAAAUCAUGCCGACGUGAAGAUGUUCCCUUUGGUACGAAGGGAAGCAUUGCGAAAUUGCUUGAUGGAUGAGAAUGUGACCAAAAUCGAAGCAGCUGUACGCAAAGGUUUGAUGCGUAAGAAGGAUAUCAACGAACGCAUUGUUGUUCUAACCACAAAUGCAAGACAGAUUCAAGGUCAACUUUCAGCAAAAUUGGCAAGCUUGACAGGUGCCCAAUCAAUUGGUCAGGCAAAAUUCUCCUUCAAUGAUCUUAAUGGUCAAGAACCUUUUGUGAUCUUGCAUUGUUUCAAAUCCGAUACCGGCCUUGCGAAAGAGGAAGAAAGGCUUACCUUAUCCAGUCAUAGCUUUGUUGCUGUUGCUGAAAGUUCUUCUUCAUUUCACAUUGAUCGUGAAGUAUGGGCAUUAAAGAUUGCCGGCCAUGUUACUUCAAACAAUCCGCCUAAGACAAGAGCAGCGGAACAACAACAGAGUCAAUGGACCUUACAAUUUGAUACCAAGCAUCGGAUGUUGAAAUGGCAAGUGAUCUUACGUGCUCUAAUUGCUGGCUUGAACGAAGCCGAUCAAGUAUUUCGGAUUGGGCCUCCAUUGCAUCAAAUCAAGCAUAUUCAAUCAGUCAAUUCGAUUUCAUCAGCAUCAACUUUGGCUUCUUCUGGAGGCUAUCAAAGUGUUAUGUCUCAUCACGAGAGGUCAGAAAGUUACGAAGAGAUGUAUGGGAGCGCCAAUAGCCCUCGUUCAAGUCCCAGAAGUCCUUAUCAUAUCAAUAAAGAUGAGGAUUUGUCCAGAUUUGUGACAUCUAUCAGUUCACUCUCCGUGAAUAGCGAUCGAACAUCAACCUUUGUAGCCAAUCAAGCGACACAAUAUGAUCCGGCUCAAAUGGUGGCGGAAAAGGAUCCUUCUUUUAGACAAGAUAGGCAAACCUUCAACUCACCUUCUUCUCCCCCACUGAAACAAUCUGCUGAGCUUUCAAAGGAUCAGAAAAGGCCUUCUGUGCAAUCCAGAGAUUUUGCAGUAGAGGAAAAGGUCAAAGCGGACAUCAUGCCUGAGUCCAAAGUGGGAGUUGAGCAAGAGGAGACUUUGGGUCUUGCUGAUUCGCCAGCUCCACUUGCGCAGUCGAGAAAGAGAAGCGCUUCUGUUCCUCAAUUCGCACAACAUUCGCAUAUAAAUAGUGAAAUCAAUGCUCCCCCUCAUCCCGAGCCAGUACAGACUGCUAUGGUUGACUCGGCGGCGGCAAGCAAGAGCCGCAAGUCUUUGCGACCUCAGCAAUUGCCACCACCUGCUGCUCCGCUUCCAGUAGUACCGCCGCGACCCACUUCUGCACUUCCGGCAUUGCCACCUACUUCACCAACAAGGUCCAGCGAAUCACAUCAAACAAAAGAAGAAAAGAAGGAGGAAAAAGUAGAAGAUGCAGCAGCGGCAAGUAUUCGUAGAAUGAGGACAGAGAUUGCUUUGGCGAUGGCAUGUGCGGCUGCACCACGAUCCAUGUCGAUGACUUCUUCAUUUACAGAAUUCUCCGAAGAUAUUGCUGAAGCUUCAAAGCGACAUUCUGCUGCAUCGAAUGUCAAGGAUGGCAAUGAGAGCUACAAAGAAUUGGAGAACGAGGAAGAGACAGUUGAUAAUCGAUCUGACCUUAAAGUCAAUCCUGUCGGUCAGAAAAAUGGAACGGACGAAGUCGAUGCGAUUUAUGCAAUGAUUGAUCUCUCUUACAAUAUUUAUGGCUUAAGCUCCGCUUCAAAUAAUCCCAACGUCUUUAUUCCUAAUGCAGAAAGUAUGAACGCAUCAGAUCAAACAGACGGUUCAAAAAGCGUAUACUUUGAUGAAUUUGCUAGCGAUCCUUUCCAACAGAUGGGAACGAUCAAAUUUGACUCUGCUUCACUUCAAAAAGCCAGAGCUGAUCUUCGUAAUCGGCCUGCUUCCGCUUCAACGGAUCAUGUUCAUCCUGGCAACUUCAAGUUAGAAAAGAGACAAUCAAGUCUGAAGAAGAGAUCCGUGCCUGUCUCUGUCGAAUCGAAUGAGAUCGUCGGGAUCGAAAAGAAUUUGCCUACCUCCCACAAACCUCAAGGAUCAAAAUACGAAUCUACUAAGGGAGGCCCACCACCAAUUGGCUUUGCCAUGUAA